AUGGCUUCCAAGAUGACCAAAAUUUGUCUAGUUCUUGUUUUUGUAGUCAUGUUUUUGGAUGGAAUUACAGCUCAAUCAGGCUGUACUAAGACACUCGUGGGCUUGUACCCAUGUCUUAACUAUGUCAAUGGCAAUUCAUCGACCCCAUCUACAUCAUGUUGUUUACAGCUUUCGAGUGUAGUUAAGUCACAGCCGCAGUGUCUUUGCAUGUUACUUAAUGGUGAUGCCUCCUCUUAUGGUGUCAAAGUAAAUCAAACUCUCGCAUUGGCUUUACCUGGUGCUUGCAACGUGGAAACUCCUCCUGUUAGUAGGUGCAAGGAAGCAAAUGAACCCUCGACCCCAGCUGGUUCUCCGGCUGAUUCCUCCAACACACCAGAGAAUCCAACCAAGCCAUCAGUGCCCACUAUUCCAUCAGGGUCUAAAGUUGUUCCCUCAACAGAUGGAACCUCUAAUGGUGGAAGCAACCUUAAAUCACCAUUUAGUCUGGCGGGUUUCUUUCUCUAA